AUGUUGAAAGCCGUCCCUCGUGCCAGAGCGGCGGUUUCCGGCAGGUUUUCCGAGGAGGUGGCUGUGCUCCGUAUAGAGUUUUGUUUUUCCCCACCCCGUCAAUUUAAUUUUAUUCUUUUGAAGAUUCUUCGUUGUCAAGCCGCCAAAGUGGAGAGUGCGAUUGCAGAAGGGGGUGCUUCUCGUUUCAGUGCUUCUUCAGGCGGAGGAGGUGGUAGGGGUGCACCUCAGCACUAUCCCAAGACUGCCAGCAACAGCGAGUUCCUGGGGAAAACCCCAGGGCAAAACGCUCAGAAAUGGAUUCCUUCACGAAGCACUAGACGAGAUGACGACUCCGCAAACGAUAAAGAACGACAUGAUGCAAUCUUCAGGAAAGUAAGAGGCAUACUAAAUAAGCUUACUCCUGAAAAGUUUGACAAGCUAUGCCUUGAGCUCCUCAAUGUGGGUGUAGAAUCUAAGCUCAUCCUAAAAGGGGUCAUACUGCUGAUCGUAGACAAAGCCCUUGAAGAGCCCAAGUAUAGUUCACUGUAUGCUCAACUAUGUCUGCGGCUGGCAGAAGAUGCACCCAACUUUGAUGGCCCAUCAGCAGAGAGUCAUCCAGGACAGAAGCAAAGCACAACAUUCAGACGCCUCCUAAUAUCUAAACUUCAAGAUGAAUUUGAAAACCGAACCAGAAAUGUUGAUAUCUAUGAUAAGCAUGAUGGUCCCCUCCUCCCUGAGGAGGAGGAACAGAGAGCCAUUGCCAAGAUUAAGAUGCUGGGGAACAUCAAAUUCAUUGGAGAACUUGGCAAGCUUGAUCUUAUUCAUGAAUCUAUCCUUCAUAAGUGCAUCAAAACACUUUUGGAAAAGAAGAAGAGAGUCCAACUCAAAGAUAUGGGGGAGGAUUUGGAGUGCCUCUGUCAGAUAAUGAGGACAGUGGGACCUAGAUUAGACCAUGCAAAAGCCAAGUCCUUAAUGGAUCAGUACUUUGCCCGUAUGCGCUCCUUGAUGUCAAGUAAGGAAUUGCCAGCAAGGAUUCGUUUCCUGCUGCAGGAUACUGUGGAGUUGAGAGAACACAACUGGGUUCCUCGCAAAGCUUUUCUUGACAAUGGACCAAAGACUAUCAAUCAAAUCCGUCAAGAUGCAGUAAAAGAUCUGGGAGUUUUUAUUCCUGCUCCUAUGUCUCAAGGGAUGAGAGGCGACUUCUUUCUGGAGGGACCCUUUAUGCCACCCAGGAUGAAACUUGACAGGGACCCACUUGGAGGGCUUGCUGAUAUGUUUGGACAAAUGCCAGGUAGUGGAAUUGGUACUGGUCCAGGGGUUAUUCAGGAUAGAUUUUCACCCACCAUGGGACGCCAUCGUUCCAACCAACUUUUCAAUGGCCAUGGGGGUCACCUCAUGCCUUCUGUUCAAUCCCAGUUUGGAGAUCUAGGCAAAUCUUUUCUGAAAAAUCAGGGGCAAAGCCAGCUCUACCAUAACCAGAAUCAGGGACUCUUAUCCCAGCAACAAGGACAGUCGAAGGAUAUGCCACCUCGGUUUUCUAAGAAAGGACAGCUUAAUGCAGAUGAGAUUAGCCUGAGACCUGCUCAGUCUUUUCUAAUGAAUAAAAGCCAAGUGCCAAAGCUUCAGCCCCAGAUAACUAUGAUUCCUCCCAGUGCUCAACCACCACGCACUCAGACACCACCUUUGGGACAGCCUCCUCAGCUUGGUCUUAAAACAAAUCCCCCACUUAUACAAGAAAAGCCCGCAAAGACCACAAAGAAACCACCUCCUUCUAAAGAAGAGCUACUUAAACAAACUGAAGCUGUUGUGACUGAGUAUCUGAACAAUGGAAAUGCUAACGAUGCUGUCAGUACUGUGAGAGAAAUGAGGGCUCCAAAACACUUCAUUCCUGAGAUGUUGAGCAAAGUAAUUAUUCAGUCCCUAGAUAGGUCAGAUGAAGACAAAGAGAAAGCAAGUACACUGAUCAGCUUGCUCAAGCAGGAGGGAAUAGCCACAAGUGACAACUUCAUGCAGGCAUUCCUGAAUGUAUUGGACCAGUGCCCCAAACUGGAGGUGGACAUCCCAUUGGUGAAAUCCUACUUAGCACAGUUUGCAGCCCGUGCCAUUAUUUCAGAACUGGUGAGCAUUUCCGAACUGGCUCAACCACUGGAAAGUGGCACCCAUUUCCCUCUCUUCUUGCUUUGCCUUCAGCAGUUAGCUAAGUUACAAGAUCGUGAAUGGCUAACGGAAUUGUUCCAACAAAGCAAAGUGAACAUGCAGAAAAUGUUACCAGAAAUUGACCAGAACAAGGACCGCAUGCUGGAGAUCUUGGAAGGGAAGGGGCUUAGUUUCUUGUUCCCGCUUCUGAAACUGGAGAAGGAACUGCUAAAGCAAAUAAAAUCGGAUCCAUCCCCUCAAGCCAUCUAUAAGUGGAUUAAAGAUAACAUUUCACCCAAACUUCAUGUAGAUAAGGGAUUUGUGAAUAUAUUGAUGACCAGUUUCUUGCAGUAUAUUUCUAGUGAAGUAAACCCACCUAGUGACGAAUCGGAUUCUUCAUCUGCUCCAUCUAAAGAGCAGCUAGAGCAGGAAAAACAGCUGCUUCUUUCCUUCAAGCCAGUAAUGCAGAAGUUUCUUCAUGACCAUGUUGAUCUGCAAGUGAGUGCUUUGUAUGCGCUCCAGGUGCACUGCUACAACAAUAACUUUCCAAAAGGCAUGUUAUUACGCUUCUUUGUUCAUUUCUAUGACAUGGAGAUCAUUGAAGAAGAAGCCUUCUUGGCAUGGAAAGAAGAUAUCACUCAAGAGUUUCCAGGGAAAGGCAAAGCUUUAUUCCAGGUAAACCAAUGGUUAACCUGGUUGGAAACUGCUGAAGAAGAAGAAUCUGAAGAAGAAGCUGACUAAAGAACCAGCCAAAGCCUUAAAUUGUGCAAACAUACUGUUGCUAUGAUGUAACUGCAUUUGACCUAACCACUGCGAAAAUUCAUUCCGCUGUAAUGUUUCACAAUAUUUAAAGCAGAAGUAUGUCAAUAGGAUAUUCUCUGCAAAAGGUUUUUGUAGUAUGUCUUAAUAGUCUACAAUAAAAAUAUUUUAGAGUAUCUUUAAUAUUUAGGUAACAGUGUAUUAGCAGCAUGCAAUAAUUACAUCAUAAGUUCUCGAGCAGAAGCAGUCUGUUGCAAGGAUCUUCUUUGCUGCCAGUUAUCAUAGGCUGUUUUUAAGUUAGAAAACUGAAUAGCAACACUGAAUACUGUAGAAAUGCACUUUGCUCAGUGUAAUACUUGAGUUGUUGCAAUAUUUGAUUAUCCAUUUGGUUGUUACAGAGAAUCCUUAACUGUAAUCGAUGGUUGUUGCCGUAAUAGUAUAUUGCCUGUAUUUCUACCUCUAGUAAUGGGCUUUAUGUGCUAGGUUUUAAUAUCCUUGAGCCUGGGCAAGUGCACAAGUCUUCUAAAAAGAAACCUUUUACUUGCACAGAACUGAUCAGCUGAAAAGAUGGUUUAAUGCCCUUCGGAAGAGGUUUUCAUGGGUGUGAAACAUGACAUGGUGAGAAAUUUGAAUUGGCCCUUCUGUAGUACUGAAAUUAAAUCUACUUAAUUUAUCGAGACAUGUUCAUGCCCUGAUUUUAUAUACUUGUAUCUAUCAAUAAACAUUGUGAUACUUGACCUGUUUCUGAAUGUCUCCCAGUAGAAAACCCUUGACUGGCAACCAGAUUACUUAUGGAGGGACACAACAGUGGGAGUCAACUUAGACUGGGACUAUCUUAAGAUUCUAUAACAGUUGUCUGAAUAUGCAAAUGAAAAGGUCACAGACAAGUUCAGACAUUACAGAUUGGUUGUGAAAGGAGGAAAAUUUAAGAACUUCUGCAGAACGUGGUAGGACUUUGCCUUGUGGUCCAGUGUAUGCUUUAUCAGUGAGUAUGUGCUUUUUAACUUCCUAAUGCUUUGAACUUUCCCUGGGGUAGAUUGAUAUUUUUUAAUCAAGUGACAUUGACUAUUAGCUGUUUCUCAAAUUGGCAAAAAAAUGCAGAAGAGUUCAAUGUUGCAUUGUAUGGGCUUAAAGUCAUCUAUUAAAUACUCCAAAGUACCUUACUUCCUAGAACUUUGUCCCUAGUGAACUUUUUCCUGAUUGAUACUCAGACUAAGUAUUGAAAAAUUCUGUAUUUGUAAUAGCAAAACAGUAGGGUCUCCUUGACUGAAACUUGGUGUUGCCAGUGGUGAAAAUGCUUCAGCCCAAAGACUGUCCUCUGCAUCAUGGGAGAUGGAGGAAGUACGAGAAAACAGAAAUCAUAAAGGGGCUUGCUUUGAGGGGAGGGAUUGUGUGCAUCUAUAUACCUUAAAGUGCUAUGACAGGGGAGUAGAUCUGGUUCUCCAAUUCUGCUGACAGUUGAGUAUGAAAGGCUGUCUUCCUAACUAUAAUUAUGAAGUAGUGGCCUCUUGGAUGUUCAGUUCCUUUAGGGAAUUUCUUCAGAUGCCUCUGUAAUUUGCUUUACAAUGUGUAGCCCAGUAAAUCAAGGUACUGUGCUUCUGUAAUCCCGAUUACAUUUGUGUAGGAUAUUGAACUUCUUGAAUUGCUGACAAAAAUUGUGACACUGAAACACUAUUUCAGAAGUAUGGUGUAUUUAGCAGUCCUUGUGGACUCUAGCUCAAUGGAGAGAAAGGAAAGCACUAACUACAGUUAGCUUGAGGUCAGGAGCUGGCUGCCUCUGAAUGGUAUUGUUGCUUCUAGUUGUGUUGCAGAGUAAUCUUGAUUUUUAUGAAAGUAUUUCCUGUCUGUAGAACAACAGAUUUGAUGGUAUAUCUACAGGGCUGCAGGGUUUACUGCUAAUUUCAUGUCCAUUCUUGGGAGACAAAUAUGCUUCUCAAGUGGAUGUCCUUGAUACUAAUGUUUUGCAAUUAAAUGCACUUUAUUGGAUUGGAAGAAAAUAAGUAAAGUUUCAGGGUUUCAUUUACUCUGAAUUCUAAGUGCUGCUGUUUCAGAAUUGCAGUUUUGAGUGUAGUGACAUGCAGUAUUGUUGCAGUAACAGGGCUGUGUUUCUCUUAAGUCUGCUAGUUUCAUUGGGGUUUAAUCUCUGCUGUGUGCCACUACUACCUUUUGUGUGCUUCAGCUACAGGUUGUUAGAUAAACAAUGUACUUCAUUCCCAUGUUCUGGGGGAAUGAAGCUGAAGAUGGGAAAGUACCACAAGUCACAAACAGUCCUAACCGGUAAUUUCCAACUAAAUUUAAUGUAGAGGUGAGAGAAGAGGGUAAUAGUAAAACAAGGAUGUGCAAGUAAAACAAUUUUUAGUCAAAACAUAUGGGAGUAGAGCCACAUCCUGCAACUAGUUUUUUGCCAAAGCCUUGUAUUCUUGCCCAGUCUAAAAUGUAAUUACUACUGUCAUAGGCACUUCUGUACAGAGGCUUUGCUGCUUGGCUUGUUUGUAACUAACUCUGAAAACUGUAGGAUAGAACCAUGAACAAAAACGUGGACUAGCCCAAUGGCAGCAGAAAAGCCACUGAACUGUAGAACUACUCUCCAUGAGACACUUCUGCAAAAUCUACAUGCAAAUAGUAUAAACAUCUGGUUUUAUAAAACUGGUAUAAGAAAGGCUUUUGUAACUGCAGUGAUAAAUAACAAUGGUAUUUCAUAGAUAGGGAAGGGGAGCAGCUUAACGUGAUUGUUAACUAUUAUGUUUUCAAUGGUUGACUGCAGUGCUUGUAAGUCAGUGUGGAAAAGGAUGGGUAUCCAGUUGGUCUGACUUACAUGUAGCUUUUAACUAUAAGUUGCAUUGUACUUUAAAUAUAGAGUGUGCUCAAAUAGUAAAGUCACAGUCAAAAUUAAAUCAAUAGAACUGAUCAAUGA